AUGGAUCAAUGGCAGGGCUACUCGGACGCUGCCAGCGGCUCGCAGCGAAGAUACAACGGCGGAAGCAGCCAACGAGGAGAUUAUCCACAGCAGAAUAGCCAACACCAGCAGUCCCCGGGUCCUCUGAGGUACGAUCAAUACGGCAACGUGUCGCAGAGUAGCGCAACCUCGCCCUUGUCCACCCCGCAGCUGCGCGAUAACAACGGCGACGUUGCUAUGCCCGACGCCCACGAUGCCUACGGAUCCAUGAAAUAUCCAAUGCGCCCGCAUCACCAGGCUCAACUCUCUUCUUCUGGUAGCCGCACUGCUGCCAUGAACCUGCACUCGGAGCCAUCUGCUGCUGCACAACGCUACUCACCCAUGGAGGUGCUGUCGCCAACCUCGCCGUACCCACCAAAGUCUGCUAGCGGCCAAUUCUCACCUCAUCGCCAGUCACCGACGCGCGCCAACAGCGAUUACUCGUCAAGCCCUUAUUAUCCCAGCAGGCAAGGCUCACAGCUACCUAUGCUUGCAUCAUAUGGAAAUAAUGGCCAGGAUAGCCAGUCAGGCUCCGCUACACCCUACGAUGGCGGCAACGAUCUCAAACCCCGACGAACUCAAGAAAAAAAGCCGGUGCCGGAGUUCAAGAAGCUCAGGACCAUCUCAGACUUGAGGCCAACUGUGAAUGCGCAACCACCUUUCCGCAGAGCAAACCCCGAGGGAGGCUUCAUCAGCCCCUUGAAGGCACUUACGACGCAGCUCCCAGCUACCUAUCGAAUCUGCAACCCUAGCUUCAAAUAUGAAUCCUCUCGAAACCCUCGCCGAGUGCUUACCAAACCCAGCAAGGGAAGUAAGAACGACGGUUACGAUAAUGAGGACAGCGACUAUAUUCUAUAUGUCAACGACAUCUUGGGAUCUGAGGAAGCAGGGCACAAGAAUCGUUAUCUCAUCCUUGACGUGCUUGGUCAGGGUACAUUUGGACAGGUUGUCAAAUGCCAGAACCUCAAGACGCAAGAGGUCGUGGCCGUCAAAGUCAUCAAAAACCGGACGGCUUAUUUCAACCAGAGUAUGAUGGAGGUUUCCGUUCUUGAUCUUUUGAACACCAAAUUAGACAAGAACGACGACCACCAUUUGCUGCGACUGAAGGAUACCUUUAUUCAUCGCCAGCAUCUCUGCUUGGUUUUCGAACUUCUCAGCGUCAACCUCUAUGAACUUAUCAAGCAAAAUCAGUUCCGAGGUCUCAGCACUACCUUGGUGCGGGUAUUUGCCCAGCAGUUGCUCAACGGUCUGGCCCUGCUGAACAAGGCACGCCUCAUUCACUGUGACUUGAAGCCGGAGAACAUCCUGUUGAAGAACCUCGAAAGCCCCAUCAUCAAGAUCAUUGAUUUUGGAUCGGCCUGCGACGAGCGCCAAACGGUGUACACCUACAUUCAGUCCAGAUUCUACCGAUCGCCAGAGGUUCUUCUAGGCCUUCCGUAUUCGUCAGCAAUUGACAUGUGGUCACUUGGCUGUAUCGUAGUCGAGCUGUUCCUUGGAUUGCCCUUGUUCCCUGGUUCUUCCGAGUAUAACCAAGUCUCGAGAAUCGUCGAGAUGCUUGGAAACCCUCCAAACUGGAUGAUCGAGGUCGGCAAACAAGCCGGCGAUUUCUUUGAAAAGCGUCAAGAUGAGUUUGGUCGCAAGACCUACCAUCUGAAAAGUAUGGAGCAGUAUGCACGCGAGCGAGGGACAAAGGAGCAGCCCAGCAAGAAGUAUUUCCAGGCCAGUACUCUGCCAGAGAUCAUCAAGUCGUAUCCGAUGCCACGGAAGAACAUGAAACAAAGCGAGAUCGAUCGAGAAAUGAACAAUCGAAUCGCAUUUAUCGAUUUUGUGAGGGGUUUGCUGACCAUUAGUCCUCUGGAGAGAUGGUCGCCUCAGCAGGCCAAGCUUCACCCAUUCAUCACGCAGCAGAAGUUCACAGGACCGUUUGUGCCGCCGAUGAACCUCAAGGCCAGCUCAUUGAACCGCACACUAGCCCCUGGAACGCAACAACAGCAACAAGCCGCCGAACUUAGCAAACAGCGGGCGCAGGCUGCGCAGGCCCAGGCUCAGGCCGCGGCGCAAGGUGCUUAUGCUGUGCAGCAGCAGAGUCCCGGAUAUCCGCAAUCGCCUCACGGACAGCCACCCAUGUACCCCAACAACAAUAACAACAUGUAUUCACCGGGUGUUUCCCACGUCAGUGCGCCUUACGGCUCCGCUCAACCAAGUCCUUAUGCACAGAUGCCCAUCAACCAAGUGCCUGCCCAGAUGCCACCAGCAAAUUACGCUGGUGUUCAGCCGCAACAAAAUCUCUACCAACAAGCAACUGUACGGGCUGGGCGACAGCGAGCUUCGACUAUGGAUCAGCAGCAAAAUGGUAUCCCGGCCACAAUUCAACGAGUUGCUAGUCACCUUGACCCAAGUCAGCCCAUUCGAUUGCAGCCCAGUCCCGCUUACUAUCCUCCUCCGGCUGACGGCAUUGGCUUGCCCGACCCCGGAGCCGGUAGAAUCACUGGCAGGAGAGAUAGCCGAGCUCAACGAGGUGGCAAUAGAGGAAACCUCAUUCGCAACUUGGAGGAGAGAACUUUGGAGGAAGGAUUCAUGGGAGGCGGACAAAGCCCAUGGCACUGA